CUAACGUAACAUGUACAUUUACGUUGAGAAAUCAUAAUACAAAGACAAGACUUUGUCUCUCUCAUCAUCUUCGUCCUCUCUUCUUCCUCUCAUUCCUCUUAGAUCUCAAAACAUGGAGAACUCCGGCUAUGGCAGAGACGGCAUUUACCGAUCACUUCGCCCUACCCUCGUCCUUCCCGAAGAUCCCAACACAUCUUUAGUCUCUUUCCUGUUCAGUAACACCUCUUCUUACCCUUCAAAGCCAGCACUCGUUGACUCCGACACCGGCGACUCCAUGUCCUUCUCUCAACUCAAAGCCGCCGUGUCUAGACUCGCACACGGGUUUCUCCGUCUAGGCAUCCGCAAAAACGACGUCGUGAUGAUCUUCGCGCCAAACUCCCACCAGUUCCCUCUCUGUUUCCUCGCCGUGACAGCCAUCGGCGGCGUUUUCACCACCGUGAAUCCUUCUUACACUGUCGACGAGGUUUCAAAGCAGGUCAAGGACUGUAACCCUAAACUCAUCAUCUCCGUUCAAGAACUGCUCGACAAGGUCAAGACUUUUGAUCUCCCCAUUGUCCUACUCGGACAGAGUCAUGACUCUGGUUCCAAGAUCCUCAGUUUGAACAGCGUGGUGGAUCUGUCCGAGCCAGUUUCGGAUCUCCCUAACGUGGACGUCAAGCAAUCAGACACAGCUGCACUUCUGUAUUCCUCGGGAACUACGGGAAUGAGCAAAGGCGUGGAGCUGACUCAUGGGAACUUCAUAGCAACGGCUCUGAUGGUGACGAUGGAUCAAGACCUUAUGGGAGAGUAUCAUGGCGUGUUCUUGUGUUUUCUUCCCAUGUUCCAUGUGUUUGGGUUGAGUGUGGUUACUUAUGCACAGCUUCAGAGAGGGAAUGCUGUGGUCUCCAUGGCGAAAUUCGAUCUCGAGAGGCUUCUUAAGAACAUCGAGAAGUAUAGAGUGACGCAGCUUUGGGUUGUUCCUCCUGUGUUCCUUGCUCUUGCCAAGCAAAGUAUUGUGAAGAAGUAUGAUCUUUCUUCUCUCAAGUACAUUGGAUCAGGAGCUGCUCCUCUUGGGAAAGAUUCGAUGGAGGAGUGUGCAAGAAACAUCCCUAAUGUUGUGCUUAUGCAGGGCUAUGCAAUGACUGAAACGUGUGGAAUAGUCUCUAUGGAAGACCCAAGACGCGGGAAAAGAAACUCUGGUUCAGCUGGCAUGCUUGCUUCAGGUAUUGAAGCUCAGGUGGUCAGUGUAGAAUCUGGAAAACCUCAACCUCCGAAUCAGCAAGGGGAGAUAUGGGUUCGAGGCCGUAACAUGAUGAAAGGUUAUCUCAAUAACCCUGAGGCUACCAAAGAAACUAUAGAUGAGAAUGGUUGGGUUCAUACUGGUGAUCUUGGAUACUUUAACGAGGAUGGUAACCUUUUCAUCGUUGAACGACUCAAAGAACUUAUCAAAUGCAACGGCUUCCAGGUUGCACCAGCUGAGCUAGAAGGUCUUCUUGUAUCACAUCCUGAAUUACUAGACGCUAUCGUUAUCCCGUUCCCUGAUGUGUAUGCUGGUGAAGUUCCAAUUGCAUUUGUUGUACGGUCACCUAAUACUUCGAUAACAGAGGAAGAUGUUCAAAAGUUCAUAGCCAAACAGGUUUAGUUGCUCCUUAUAAAAGACUACGAAGAGUGAGCUUCGUUCCCAGUGUUCCAAAAUCUCUAGCUGGUAAACUCUUGAGAAGAGAACUUCGGGAGCAAGUAAGAUCCAAGAUGUGAAGAAGAAUCUUCUGUUACCCAAGAACACAUAUCGCUGCCUUGUCUUCCUCUUUUCUCUACUAUUUCAAAUUAAACACACAACUCACUAAAAGUGAAAUAAUAAGCCAAGACUCAAUGCAUACAUUCAUCUUUUUUUCAUAUCAAUUAUUUCCAGUUAUUUCAUUGUCAACUCUUGUUUAUUAUUUUAGCCAAAAAACUCUUGUUUAUUAAUAAAACCAAAAGAAAGCUGAUGUUAAAUUUUUA